AUGUCGCAUGAAAAAGGACAGGCCCGGGUUCAAUCCUCUAUCCUCGUAUCUGGAGGCUCUGUUCUCCCCCUCUGUGCUAUCUGUCUGGGGGAUGGUCCAGGCAGUGAAUCACUAGCAUCCCACCCCAGCACAGCGCAAGAUUCACUGGCCAGCGUCCUCCUUCCCGAGCCAGCCCAAGCGGGAACUGCUGCCGUUCUGGUUGCAGCGCUAAGAGCCCGGAUUGCCCGGACAGUCAAGGGACUCCUCGCGGCUGGAGAGUAUAAUGAGCAUGAUUAUUAUCAUGGCGUCUACCUCGGUCUAAUGGAAUAUUAUCUCGGCAUUAAGGCUCUGCUUUCACCACCUGAUUUGAUGGUUUUGUGA